ACAGUGAUGGAACCAGAAGAGGACAGUGGAUCCUACCAGACAACAUCAAGGGGGAACUUCCACCUGCCCUGUUAUCCAUAAAGGUCCUUUCCAUCAAACCUUACACCAUGAGUUUUGAUUACAUCUGUCCUAAAACAUAAAAAACGAUUACUAGUAAUAAAAUCAUCAACUCUAAGGAGAACACCAACUAUUCCUCCAUAUGACCACUGCCUUGCAACUACCAGACAAUUUACUGAUGUAAACCUAAGACUGUUAACCACAACGACUGUUCACCUGCUACUGCCCUUUCCCCUUUUAAAACGUAUUUUUGUAAGAAAUAUUUAUCAGAAUAUAUAUCUGCACAUAUUGUGAAUGAACCUGUGGAACCAUCCGAAGAUUUCAAUCUGACUGCACCCCCUUCAGACAUCUUCUUGGAUUAAUACUUUCUCUGCAGCAAUGGGUCUCGUAGGGUUUUCUAUCCGGCUGCAGGUGUUUCUCAGCACAUGUUUGGGACUGGAAUUUUUAGGCACACAAGGUCAGUGGGCACGCUACCUCCGCUGGGAUGCCAGCACCCGUGGUGACCUCAGCUUCCAGUUUAAGAUGGAGGCUUCGGAGGCGCUGCUGCUGUACUUUGACGAUGGAGGCUACUGUGACUAUCUGCAGCUGUCGGUGGUGGAGGGCAGGCUGCAGCUGGGAUUCAGCAUCGACUGUGCCGAGACCACAGUAGUGGCCAACAGACGGGUGGACGACGGCAGCUGGCACUUCGCCUCUCUGAGCAGGUAUAACCUGCGCACAGUGCUGGUCCUGGACGGCCAGGCCAAAGCAGACGAGGUGCGGCCUCAGCGUGUGUUCAUGAAGAUAGUCAGUGAUCUGUUCCUGGGUGGAGUGCCUCAGGAUAUCCGCAACGGUGCGCUCACACUGCCUACGGUGCGAAACAUGCAGCCCUUCAGGGGCACAAUAACAGACCUCAAAUAUGGCAUUUCACAGCCCCUGUUCCUGGGAAGCCUUAAGGUGCCCCUGGAGUCGGAGGGGUGGUGCACGGUGAACCCGUGUGAGAAUGGCGGCACAUGCUCAGUGGUGGAUGGGGAGCCUGUAUGUGACUGCUCCAAAACCGAAUACAGGGGCCGCUUCUGCAGUGAAGAGGUCAACAACAAUAUGCCAGGCCUCGCACAUAUGAUGGCGGAACAAGCUAAAAGCAAAGUGUCUCCUCUGUAA